CACUCUUUGUUAGUUGUCAAUUCGUAGGUGUAAAAUAUUUAGAUUCGGUAAAUAAAGUCUUUAAUUUAGAUGAUUUUUUAAAAUGUCUACCUCUGAGUUUAAAACCAUGAAAACUUCUAAAGUUUUGCGUUCGAAAGCGCAAGAGUUUUUAGCUAAUCGUAAAAAAAUCGAAAUAUUAAAUGAGAUCAUUAAGCACCUUGAUUCUGGAAUUGAUGUCCACUCAUGUUUGAUGUCUUUGGAGCUGAUUUUCACAACUCUUUUGAAGGAAGAAUGUAUGUAUAUUGAAAUAGUUCCUCUGAAGCCUGUCGAGAAGUCGGCCGAAAAUGAAUUCAAAAUGGGUUUGAAAAACACCUACGAGAAGUUUUUUCAAAAAGUUUUGGAUAGUCUGGAAAGUAACUCAAAUAAGAUUCAAAUACAAGGUUUGAAUACAGCUUUUGCUCUUAUCAGCAAUGAAGGCAAGCAUCCACUUGAAAAUGUCAAUUCGAAUGGAAGGUGCUACGUCCCAUUGAAUAAAUUGAAGUCAGUUCUGAUAAAAUUAUUGUUCGCAAAUAAUAAUAAUGCAUUUCUCAUCAACAAAUACACGGAAUAUCUAACCUAUAAUGAUAUUCUCUUUAAUACAUGGAAAUUGUUGCCGUCACUAACACAAAAGUUGUCAAACCCGAAUGAAACAUAUAUUAUAAAUUAUUUGGCUCUACUAUCAAAAAUGCAAGUUUAUCAAAACUCCGAAGAAAAUCUGUUAUGCGCUAACGAAGACGAUACACUCACCUUUGAUGAAAAUGUAACUAAAAAAGUAUUGAACAAAAUAUGGAAUUGCGUCAUGCAAUGGGAACACACCAAAGCUACGCAUAAACAAGUCCUCAUCGUACUCCUGGAGAACGUUUUGAAACACUUAGAAAAACCCCUGUUCUUAACCGAUUUCCUGAUGGACUCUUUGGACGUAGGCGGACCCGUGAGCCUCUUAGCCCUCCAGGGCAUCUUCACGAUGAUUCAAGUACACAACUUGGAUUACCCCGACGUUUAUAAAAAGCUCUAUUCGAUGUUCGAACCGGAGAUUUUCCACACAAAGUACAAGGCCAGAUUGUUCUACCUUUCGGAUCUUUUCCUGAGUUCCUCUCACUUACCGGAGAGUUUGGUGGCCGCCUUCGCCAAAAGAUUGGCCCGAUUAGCCUUGAUAGCACCUCCCGAGGACAUCAGAAUAAUCUGUAUGCUGGUCGGAAACCUCAUACUGAGGCAUCCUGGAUUAAAAUGCUUGAUACACCGUAUUGACGAAAGGAGUCCCAACACCGACCCCUACAUCAUGGAGGAAACGAACCCCGCCAAAUCCAACGGGAUAGUCAGCUCCCUGUGGGAACUUCAGACCCUCCAAAAUCACACGCUGCCCAGCGUUGCGAAAGCCGCAAGGUUCAUCAACAACCCCCUGCCCUCCGUUCAGUGGGACAUAACCGAACAUCUGGACGAUACCAGCGAGAAGAUAUUCGAAAACGAGAUUCGGGUACUCAGCAAGUUGGUGGUUUUGGCCUUCGAGAAACCUCAGGGCAUGUCCCUGCAGAAGGGGGAGGCUGUUAGGAAAUAUUGGAAUAUAUAAAGUCCGUGUGUGUAUUUUCGAAGAUCGAAGAGUGUGUUUAUUUUUGAUCCCGACACCCUUUUUUUUAUCGAAUAUACAACUAGAUAGUUUUGAAAGAUUUAACCCGGGGUGCUCCGUUGGUUUUGCAUUAACGUUGUUCGUAAGGUUAAUUGAUACCGCGCUGUGGGGCACCUUGUUCUUUUUAAAGCUUGAUGUUACGUUUAAGUGAUAUAGAUAUUAUUAUUAUGUAUAGCUGAAUUGCUAAAAGAAAUAUCGCUGUGUCCUAAUAUUAGAAUCUGUACACUUUCCAAUUGUUACUUAUUAUUUAUUAAUUACAUUUUCAUAAAAUGUU